AUGGUGCUGACCGCUUUGAGGUUUUUCAAAGUCCAGCUGCGGGACCUGCAUGAAGAGUUGCAGACACGUGCGGAGGACUUGAGGGAACGCGAUGCUGUUGUACUGCGGCGGGAGCAGGAAUUGGAGGAGGUCAGUGGUCAGCUCAAAGACUUGCAGGGCCUGUUUGAUGAAGUCAAUGGGCAGCUUCAGCAUGAAUGCGGUCGUAUAGAGCGGCUGCAAGGUGCUGUCACACAGUGUGCGAAGCAAGCCAAAGAGCUGGACUCUUUGCAGAACAUGCUGGAGGAGUCCCACCGCAUGCUCGCACAGCUCCGAGAAACACUUGAGAAGGAACGCGCUGAACGUGUGAGGGUGGCCUCACUUCUUGAGCAGGAGCAGCACAGGACACAACUCCUGCUCGACGUUCUCAAGCAUUUCAAGGAGAAGCUGCAAGGACUGACUCCGCAAAUGCUGCUAAGCCGGGCCAUUGCAGCUUUCGGAGACUUGACCUGGCUGUUCACUUUUUUGCUGUUUGGCUGA